AAACUCAGAGGGAAAUAUUUGCCUAAGACGUCUGGCUUUCAAACGGGUCUUUUCCAAAUGCCGAGGCGAUUAAACAAGAGUAUGGGGAUGUGCUUACCGUGCCUUGGUGGAGCAGCGGACGACGUUGUUGUCACUCCAGAUCCAGAGACAAGAAGACGACAGUUAGCUGAGGCCGCUGAGAAGAGACAAAAAGAGACAACAUACAGGGGUGUUAAAAAUCCAGAGGCAGUCGAGAGGAAAAGGAAAAAACAGGAAGAGAUUGAGAAACAGGCGAUGACCACCUCUGUGUCCGGUGGCGGUGGAUUGAAGUGGCAGGUGGGCUGAAACUCUGCAUGGUAAAACCUGAAGUCUUUAACUCUGAAGUCCAAAACAACAUGAAGUAUUGCUGCAAGAUGACCUGAAAGAUGUUUGAACUGCUGUCCAUUUUUUAAAAUACAUUUCUUGGCCUCUUUUAUGAUAUUAUGGGAGAAACGGCUACAGUUGUCAUGCUUCAUGCAAAACAAUCUGAAGUGAUUACAGACAGAACAGCAGGACUUGCUCCCUCGUUGCCAAGUUACACAAGCCGGUUUGGACCUUUGGACGAGUCAGGGAUGACUCCGAAACGUGCAAGCAAAUGCACAUCCUACUGUAAUAGUUUGAUUUGAUUUGAUUAGAGAUUCUUAUAGUUACUAACAUUAGUUAAUACAAAAUAAUAUGCUUGUAAAGUCCAGCAGUGUCUGUGUUGAGCUGUCCUCAACACUAAAGCUUUUUCACAACACUGUUUUUGGUUUUCAUUAUCAAGGAUCAAUAUUCACUUUAAAUCCACAUUAGCCACCUUACUUUUUGUAUGACCUCUUCAAAAAUCCAUUAUUCAAAUGACGCAUUUCACAAUUCAAACAGUUUAUGUUUACAAAGAAGUUUAAGUGUGCUUAAUGUAGGAUUACUAUACACUAAUUUCACCUUGUUUAGGGCUCUGUUUGUUGGCAACACAAAGACUAGUGCAAACAGUACCAUCACUUUGUUAGUAUGUCCUGAGCUUCUAACGCCUGUCCCUGGGGUAUUUUCAAAAGCAGUGCAGUGUGCACAUCACAUGGGAGUUCCUUAUUGAUGAAGGAAGGCAAUGUAAAAUGCUGUUAUCUUGCUGAAAAGUGUUUCUUUGACAUUGCGCUAAGAACAUACGUUUGACAACCAGGUCUGUAAUCGGUGCAGUGCCAUUUAGUUGCUAAUUUGGUCGUUUAGUCAGAAAGCACAACCUACAUACAUGAAAAAUGUGCAGCAGCUGCAGAAUACUAACACUGAAAUAUUCUCCAGCCAGUAGAAAUGAAAAGGAGGUGCCCUUAGUGACCCUACUGCACUUUGCACUGGUCUAUGCCAUUUGCUCCUCUAAUAGAGCCCUUUUUGUUUUGUUUUUUUCUCUGCACAAUUUGAGUUAAUCGAAGUACACUGUAUGCAAAACACUGAUGUGAUGCCUGCUUAAUUUAAAUGAGAUAUAGAAUGUGUUUGUGAAUUGCCAUAUGACAAACAGAAGCUUUCGUUCAACAUUUAUUUGCACACAGUUUGUCAACAUUUGGUGAACAGCAAAUAUGCUUGCUCACACUCUGCGCUGGGAGAGAAUCACGUCCACUACAACGGAAACAGGAAGAAACAGAAGGAAAAGAAUAAGUGACGUUUGUACAGUAUGUAGUGAAGUAUUUACUUUGACUUGCUUUAUUGAAUGCAUUUCUUACAGCCUUCACUUGAUCCUCAAAUGCUUCCGGGGCUCUCGACAUUUUGUAGAACAGGAAAUUCAGCCAAUGUAAUUUGCUACAAUAAAUCACAUUUCUGCUACUCUUGUGUGGAUUUAAUGAGUUUUACAGUAAGUCAAAUUCAGAUUAGGUUUAGAU